AUGGCUAAAUUGUCAUUAACUAUUAACAAUGUUGAUGAUGGUUUAAAGCGAAAGAUUAAGAAGGCAAAAUUUGAGGGUGUUGAAGAUCUGAAACAUAAAAACAAAAAGCUGACCAUUUCUUAUAACCCGAAGGUUGUGGAUUCUUAUGGAGUAAUAGAACGUAUAAAACAUUUGGAUAUUAAUGGUGAAAUUUUAAAGGAUGAUAAUGAUAUAAGUAGUAAGAACGGAAAUAGUUUUACUUUUUCCAUGUAUAAGGAAGGAGUAGAAGAAAAUGUUGUUAAAAAGGAGAAUAUAUUUGAUGAUAAUGAGAAUAUGCAAAAUAUAAAUAAUUAUAAUUAUAUUGAAAAUAAUAGUAAUAAUUGUAAUAAUUUAUAUGGUGUAAAUAAUAGAGAUAAUUAUGAUAAAUUGGAUUGUAAUGGUAAUAAUGCAGAUAACACUUUUGAUCAGAUAUACGAUUUGAAUAAUAUGGUGAAUAAUUAUUCUUAUCCAAAUGGUGAAGAUCUUUAUGAACAGCUUGAUAAUGCAUAUGAUGAUAAGAAUUAUAAAGAGAAUUAUAAAAAUUAUGAAGACAAUCAUCAAAAAUGUGAACAGAAUUAUAAAUCUUAUGGAGAUAAUCAUCAAAAUCAUGAACAGAAUUAUAAAUCUUAUGGAGAUAAUUAUCAAAAUUGUAAUGUGUCUGAAAAAAAAAAUGAAAAUAUAAAUUCCAAUUAUAAUAGCACAAAUAAUAAAGGGGAUUUAUAUGAUAUAAAUUAUUAUCCUAAUCAAGUUGAAAAGGUUGAAGAAUCAGAAGGCGUAGACGAGAAUAGGAAAAGUAGUAAAUUCAGUGUUUUAAAUUUAUUUAAUAAUAUUAAAAAAUCAAAGGAUAAGAAAAAAAUGAAGAAAGAAAUUAAGAAAGAUUAUUUAAAUGAAGAUUAUAAUAAUUUAGAUAAGAGCAUUUUGUUAUCUAAUGAUAUGUAUAAGAAUGUCGAGAAUAAAAACUAUAAUAAUAAUAAUAAUAAUAAUGAUAAUUAUAAUAGUAAUGAUAAUUAUAAUAGUAAUAAUAAUUAUUAUAGUAAUAAUAAUUAUUAUUAUGAUUAUAAUGAAGAGAAGAUGAAGAAAAAGAAUUUUAAUUUCAGAGACUAUGAAAGUUAUAGAGAUAAACAAAAUAUUUACAUUUGUGAAUUAAAAAUUUAUAAUAUGACUUGUGAUAAUUGUGGAAAAAAAAUUAUUAACUUCUUAAAAGAUAAGAAAUUAAUUUUAGAAGGAAAUAGUUUUGCUACAGACAAUAAAAUAAAAUUAAAAAUAGAUAUCUCAUCUGAUAUUAUACAUUGUAAUAAUAAUGUAAAAAUGUUUGUAAAUACAAUUAUGAAUGAAAUAAAAGAAAGUGGAUUUAAUAAUGAUUUAUUAGAUCUUUAUAAAGAUGACAAGAAUCGUUGUAAUUUAUCCGAAAUAACAUUAUACAUAUACAGAGACGAUAUAAUAAAAUCAUAUAAGUUAUUAAGAGAUAUUAAAGGUAUUAGUAAUGUAGAAUAUGAUUUAAAAAAAGAAUAUGUUUACUUUUUAUAUGACCCUGAACUUGUUGGUAUACGUUAUAUUUUAGAAAUUUUAAAGAAAAAAAAAAAUGUUGAUGCUUAUUAUGAUGAAGAUAAAGAAAAAUAUUUUAGAAGUAGUCAAAAUAAUGAAACAAAUAAUACCUGGAAAUUAAUUGAAUUGUCUAUUUGUAUUUUUGUAAGUAUUAUCAUUAUUGUUUUGAAUAAUUAUCAAAUGAAUAUGGGUUCUAUGAAUGGUUUUUAUUCUUAUACACAAAAAAUUUUCAAUAAUAGUAAUAAAAUGGAUACGGAUAAUAUCAAGCAUCCAUCUAUUUAUGACAAUAUAGGAAAUGGUACCCUUGUUGAUCAAUCGACAUUAGAUAUAUAUUUGGAAAAUGUAACAAAAGAAAAGAUGUUACAUAAAUAUGUUUAUAAACAAAGUCGUCGUGAUGAAAAAGGAACAUUUUUUAUUAAUUCAAAUUUUAAAUUUAUUAAGAAAAAUAAGGAUUCCCCUAUAAAUAGAAAAUCGGUAGAUGAUGAUAUAAAGAAAGGACAAAUUUUAAGUGCUAAAAAAAACAAAAGUAUAGAAUAUAAUAAUACUAUUAAUAUGGUAAAUGAUCAAAUUGAUGCAAGUCAUUAUAAUAAUCAAGAAGGUUAUAAGGACCAUUCAUUGGAUAAUGAGAAUAACGCGUCUAAAAAUAUAGAAUAUACAAAUUCAGAAAAUAGGAGAAAGAAUUAUAUAUUGAAUGAAAAAGAUGAUGAUAAUAAUAAGGAAAAAAAUAUAAAUAAUAAUGAUAAUAAUAAUGAUGGAAAAAAUGAUAAUUUUAAUAAUGACUACAAUAAGGAUGAUUAUUAUGAUGACGAACAUUAUGAUAUUAUCCCCAUUGGUGAUUUCAGAAAAAACGAUAUAUCAGAAAAACAACCCGAUAAUAAAAAAGGUGAUAAUACAAAAAAUGGAUAUUCUAGUUUUAGGAAACAUAUUAAUACUAAUCUAAAGAACAAGAAUAAUAAAAAUGAGUCCGAUGGAGAAGAAGAAAAAGGUAAUAUAGAUGGUAUAUAUAUUCUUAAACAAAAAAAUCAUAAAAAAGAUAUGAUUAAAGGGGAAGAGGAAAAUAAAGAUAAUUUUUCAAAAAAAGAGGAAAAGUCGGAUAAUGAAAAUUCAAAUGAAGAAAUUGAUAAGAAUUAUAAUUAUUUGAAAAAAAAAGAAAAGAAUCAUAAUAGUUCAAAUGAUGGGGAUAAUAUAAAUGAUAGUUUGUUAAAAGAAAACGUAAAGGAAAAAGAAAUACAUGAAAGUAGUUCAAAUGAACAAAAAGAUAACUAUUUGAAAAAAAAAGAAAAGAAAGAUAAUAAAAAUAUAAGUGUUGAAAAUAAUGAUAAUUUUUUGAAGAAGAACGAAAUGAAGGAUGUAAAUAAUGAAGAUGAAGAAAAUAGGGAAAGCACUAGCUUAUUGAAGAAAAAUAAAAAGAAAGAUAAUAAAAAUAUAAGUGUUGAAAAUAAUGAUAAUUUUUUGAAGAAGAACGAAAUGAAGGAUCAAAAUAAUGCACAUGUAGGAAAUAAUGUAGGUGAUAUUGUUUUGAAAAAAGAAGAAAAGAAAGAUAAUAAAAACACAAAUGACGAAAAUAAUGAGAGUGAUAAUUUUUUGAAGAAGAACGAAAUGAAGGACCAAAAUAAUGCACAUGUAGGAAAUAAUGUAGGUGAUAUUGUUUUGAAAAAAAAAGAAAAGAAAGAUAAUAAAAAUAUAAGUGUUGAAAAUAAUGAGAAUGGUAAUUUUUUGAAGAAGAACGAAAUGAAGGAUCAAAAUAAUGCACAUGUAGGACAUAAUGUAGGUGAUAUUGUUUUGAAAAAAAAAGAAAAGAAAGAUAAUAAAAAUACAAAUGACGAAAAUAAUGAGAGUGAUAAUUUUUUGAAGAAAAAGGAAAAGUUAUAUAAUAAUAGUUCAAAUGAACAAAAUGAAGAGAAUGAAAAUUUUCUAAAAAAAAAGGAAAAUACUGAUAAUAAAAAUACAAAUAGCCAAGAUAAGCAAAAUGCUAUUUUUUUAAAAAACCAAAAAAAGAAGGAUGAUAAAAAUUCCAAGGAAGAAAAUGAUGAAAGUGAUAACUUUCUGAUGAAGAAAGUAAGAACAGAAGAUAAAAAUACAAAUGGUCACCAUAAGCAAGAUGAUAUUUUUUUAAAAAAUAAACAAAAUGAUAAUGUCAAAAGUUCACAUGAUCAAGAUAACCAAAAUGAUGAUACAUUUUUGAAGAAAAAAAAAAUAAAAGAUAAGAAUGAUAAUUCCAAUGAUGAAGGAAAUGUCAGUUCACUAAUGUUAAGUAAAAAAGAAGAUGAAAAUAAAUCCAAAAAUAAAAAGUGUGAUACAAAUAAUUCAAAAGAUAAUAUAGGUGAAGACAACCUUCGGGUGAGUAAAGAACAAGAUGGUAAGGAUGAACAAGAUAUUAAAGGUGAUAAGGAUGAACAAGAUGUUAAAGAUGAUAAGCAUGGACAAGGUGUUAAAGGUGGUAAGCAUGGACAAGAUGUUAAAGAUGAUAAGGAUGAACAAGAUGUUAAAGGUGGUAAGCAUGGACAAGAUGUUAAAGAUGAUAAGGAUGAACAAGGUGUUAAAGGUGGUAAGCAUGGACAAGAUGUUAAAGAUGAUAAGGAUGAACAAGAUGUUAAAGGUGGUAAGCAUGGACAAGGUGUUAAAGGUGGUAAGCAUGGACAAGAUGUUAAAGAUGUUAAAGAUGGAGAAAAUGAAAAUGACUCAUAUGACGAAACAGAAGAAGAUAAUUUUUUGAUGAAGAAAAAAGAAAAAAAAGAUGAAAACAGUACAAUUGAUGAAAAAGAAAAUAUAGUUAUGGGUAAAAAUAAGAAUAGUGAAAUAUCCAAUGAAGAAAAUAAUGCUACUUAUGAAAAUGAAAAUAUUUUUAUGAAUAAAAAUAAAAGUUAUAAUAAUUCCUAUAAAAAUGAAGGAAAUGAUGAUUUUCAUUUUUCUUUUAAUAAUUUAUUUUACAAAUUAGGUAAUUAUAGUAUUUAUUUAGAUAUGGACACAAAAAUUGUUAAAAGUUUAUCAUUAAGAUUAUUUUUUAUUUUUGUAUUAAGUUCUUUUGUAUAUAUAUAUUAUGGAUUUAGUUUUGUAUUGAAUGGAUAUAAGAAUUUAAAGAAUAAUAUGAUAAAUAUGAAUGUUUUAAUUUCAAUUAGUUCCUCUUUUUCUUAUUUUUAUUCUUUAUUACUUUUAUUAUUUUGUUUAAUUUUUUCAAUUGAUUUAAAUGGUAUUCCUUUAUAUUUUGAUUCAUCAGCAUUGUUGAUCUGUAUAAUGAAAUUUGGGUGUGAAAUAGAAAAUUUUCUAGUUAGCUUUUCCAAAAAAAAAAUGGAGGAUUUAUAUGAAAGUACGGCAAAAAAUGUAUACAUAUUGGAGAAAAAAAAUAGAUAUUAUCAAGACGAGGAAGGAAAUUUUAAUAGUAAUAUGCCAAUAAAAAGUAUGUCUAAUAUAAGCAAGGCGUUUAGUAAAGAUAAUAAUAGCAAUAAUAUAAUAGUAAAUAGUCAAAUAAAUAGUAAUGAUAUUCUUGAAUCUGUUGGAAAAGAAAAUAUAAAAGUUGAUACUUUAAAAAAUAAUCUAUCCUUUUCAACUAGUUCCUUUUUUCUAUCAAACCAAUUUUUAUAUGAUGAUGAUGAAAUAAAUAAAAUUUUAUCACAAGAUAUGGAUAUAAAUAUAAAUGAUUAUAAUAUAAAUAGUUACCCUGUUCAAUUUAUUCAAAAGAACGACAUAUUAAUAUUUUAUGAAGGGUCAACAUUAUUAAUUGAUGGUAUAAAAAUUAAUAAAGGAAUUUCUUGUGUUGAUGAAAGUAUGAUAAGUGGUGAAAAAAAUGCUAUUAAAAAAUAUAAAGGAGAUAAAGUAUAUGCUGGUUCAAAAUGUGUGGAAGGAGUAGUCAUAAUAUAUGUUAAAGAUAUAUCUAAAGGAAAUUAUAUUGAAUAUGUAAAACAAACGUUAGAUGAAAUAAAUUGUAAGAAAACUAAUUUACAAUUAUAUGCAGAUAAAAUAGCUAGUAUUUUUAUACCUUUCAUCUUAAUAUUAUGUAUUAUUGUAUUUUUCAUUUGGUUUAUUUUAACUUUCUUUGAUAUAGUAAAUAUAAAAAAAGAGAAUUAUUUUAAAUUAAAUCGCUUUCUUUCAUGUGUUUUUUUUUCUGUACAUUUUUCAUUAUCUAUAUUAUGUGUGGCAUGUCCAUGUGCUGUCGGUUUGGCUAGUCCUUUAUCGAUAGCUAUAAGUACUUACAUAUGCAGUAGUAUUGGAAUAAUUAUAAAGAAUAUUAAUAUUUUUGAAAUUUUCUUAGAAUGUAAGCAUUUUAUAUUUGAUAAAACAGGUACAUUAACAGUAGGCAAACCAGUAGUAAAUAAAAUAUAUAUUUCAAAUAAUAUUGAUUUGUUUAUUGAUCAAUUAUUAAAAAAUAAAUCAGGAAAUCAUUUAUCUGUAAGUUUUAAUGAUAACAAAAAUGCAAAGAUGCCUGCUUUGGUUCGUGCAAAAAAUGAUGAGAAGAAAGUAAAAAAGAUGAAUAAUAAUAUGAAAGAUAAUGUGAGUAAGUUAUAUAGUACUGCUUAUUCCAUAAAUGAUAAACCAUCAAAUGGUUAUAAUGGAUAUAUAAAUAAUUUAGAUGAACAAGUAUUAGAAGGAAACAGAAAUAUGAUGAAAAAUAAUACGCUAAAUUUUGUUGAAAAAUUUUCAUGUUGUAAUAAAAAUGUGAACUUUUACUCUUUCACUACGGAAAAGGAAUAUUUCAAAAUAGAAAUUAAAAAAACAUCAAGAAACAGAGAUAAAGUUAAGAAAAAAAAAAAAUACAUAAAGAAUGAAACAAGAAAUAAUUAUGAUGAAAGUUCCUUAAGUGGAGAUAAAAAUUAUCAAAAUGAUCAAAACGAUCAAAUGGUUUCCAACAGUUGUAUGGGUGAAAAUAAGUCCAUUUUAAAUAGCAUAGUUUCAUUUAUUACAGACAAAAAUAAAAAAAUCAAAUAUAACAAAAUAUUAGAUAAUUCAUUAAAGGAACAUUUUAUUAAUAACUCUGAUAAUUAUUUUUCAUCAAAUGAUGAUUCAUAUUAUAGUGAAACUACUAGUAAUGAAAAUGAGCAUAACAAAUAUGAUAAUAUACCAAUAUCAAAUAAUAUAAUGGAGCAACAUGAUCAUUUACAAAAUAUGUCUUCACCUGUAGAAGAAGAAAAUUCAUAUAUGGAAAAAAGUAGUGAUUGGUUAUACCUCUUUUUAAGCUUAAGUUUAAAUAUCGAAAAAUAUAGUAAUCAUUUGUUUGCUACCUCUAUUAAUACAUAUAUAAAUAAUAAUUUUUCUAUUAACGAAGUAUUUGAUGUUAAUAAUUUAAAGAAUGAAAAAAAUCAAGGUAUUAGUUGUAUAAUAAAUGAUCUAACAAUAACUAUUGGUACUUUAUUCUUUUGUUAUACUAAAUAUAAAAAUAUAUAUUGUAAUAAAAUACCCAUUAUUGAAGAAAAGCUAACAGUUAAAAGUAUGGAAAGACAUAUUUAUUCAUGUGAUUGUAAUGUUCAUAAAACAUAUCAAUAUUUAUAUAGCUAUUCGAACAGUAAAAAAAAUGAAAGCAAUAACAUAAUUUUUAUGUGUAUUGAAGGAAUUGUCGUUGGAUUUUUUACUCUAGUAGACAAUAUUAAACCCGAGGUUUUUGAACUAAUCAAUUACUUGAAGAGAGAGAAGAAAAAGGUAUAUGUCUGUACGGGUGAUAAUUAUAUGAAUGCUCUUUAUAUAUCUAAAAUAUUAGGUAUAAAAAAGGAAAACGUAUCUUCUAAUACAUUACCCUUAGAGAAGGUACAAUUUGUGAAGAAAGUUCAAUCAAUGAAUGACGGAAAAGUUUGUAUGAUUGGAGAUGGAAUAAACGACUGUUUUGCCUUAAAAACGGCUGACCUAGGUUUAUCCUUAUGUACUAGAACUAAUGUUGUUAUGGAUAGUGCUGAUGCUUGUAUUGUUGAUAAUAAUAUAAAUGUGAUAAUAAAAUUAUUUGAAAUAAGUAGAAAAACAUUAUUAGUAAUAAAAUUUAAUUUUCUCUUUUCUUUUUUUAUUAAUAUAUUCUUUAUAUUAUUGGCUAGUGGGGCUUUUUAUUCUUUGAAUUAUGUUUUUUCUCCUUUCCUUUUUACAUUCCUAAUGUUUUGUAGUUCUAUCAUAGUUAUAUUAUCAUCACUUUCAUUAAAAUUGCUUCUCAAGAAUAUAUCAUGA